AUGGAGGAGUUGCUAGGAAAACUAACUGAAAAUUCAGAAAAUAUGAAUGCAAUGGAGAAUAAUAUUUUAGCCAUUAAAGAAUAUGCUUCAGACCUUCAAGCGUUUUUAGGGAGUAAAAUGAUUGAGACAGAAAUCCACAAAUAUGAAACAUUUAUGCAGUCAAUAAUUGACGAUGGAAGUUUGCGGAAGAUGGACAUAAACUGUAAAAUUGAGGACAAGAUAAUCGACGUAUUGUCAACUGUUACUUCACUAGGUUCAAUAUCCAUCGAAUCAAGCACUCCAUUGGUGGUUCUGAAGACAGGGAAAGAAAUACAAGCACAGACAAAGUCAGUUGCAUCUAUCAAUGAUAUAACAAUGACAUUACAAAGUAAAUUCCAAUUUAAUCAUAUCACUGGAAUUGUUUUUUCAUUUACAGGAGAGGCCAUUUUAGUACAGUGCGGCUAUCAGCGUCUGUUGAUUUUUAGGGAAGAUGGAACGUUGACAAAUGAAAUACCUCUAUCAACUGCAAACCCUGUAGAUAUUACCUGUAUUGAUGACAAAACAGUCACCGUGUCUUUUCCUUAUUCUCAGCAAAUACAAACCAUAAAAGUUUCAACUAACACAGUUGAACGUACAAUAAAAACGGCCGGUUUUUGCUACGGUUUAUGUUACUCAAGUGGUUAUUUAUUAUACUGUGAUACUGGCAGAGGUAUUCAGAAAGUAAACAUGUCAGACAAUUGUUCUUCUACUUUAGUUAAAGACAACGCCUUGUCCGAAUGGAGUUAUGUAGUAGCAUAUAAAAACAAAAUAGUUUAUACUAAUAGCUCUCAUCAUACAGUCACUUGCUGUUCAUUAGCUGGAGAGAAGAUGUGGGAAUACAAAGAUCAAUUAGUUCGUUCUCCGCGCGGGAUCUCUGUAGAUAAAGACUCAAACGUGUAUAUUGCAUCGUCUGGUAACAAUAGUAUAAUUGUAUUGUCCUCGGAUGGAAAAAAAGCAAGAAAACUGCUUGGAAAUGAUAACGGAAUUUGUCAGCCCUUUGGACUGGCACUUGAUGUAAAGAAAGAAAAUUUAUUAGUUGCGAAUUUUUAUGAACCUGCAUUAUAUAGACUAAGUUUACAGAAGUGA